AUGAGCCGAUCAAGACAUGUGGGCAAGAUAAGGAAACGGCUAGAGGAGAUCAAGAAUCAGUCAGUCAGGCCAACAAAAGCAGAUUUCAGCCACCAUGAAAGUGUAAGACUAGCUACUGAUGCCCUGUUGGAUGGUGGGACUGAAUCUUAUCUCCGAGCCUUAAAUGAAGAAGGAGAGGUGGAUUUUCUGUCAUCUGUGGAAGCUCAGUAUAUCAAGAAAAAUGCCAGAGAGCCUUACUAUGCUAACGAAUCUCCCACAGAGAGGGAGACUGGACCAAGUCAGAAUGGUGCUGGCUCUCUCCAGUCAGGAACAUACUUCCCUAUAUCUGAAGGCAGUGAACCAGCCCUGCUUCACACAUGGAGCACAGCAGAGAAGCCCUAUCUAAAGGAGAAAUCCAGUGCCACUGUGUAUUUCCAAACAGAGAAGAACAGCAACAUCAGAGACAUUAUACGCCGCUGCAUCAGCAAGACCAGUCAGGUUCUGGCCAUUAUGAUGGAUAUUUUCACUGAUACUGAGAUAUUCUGUGAUGUGCUGGAGGCGGCUAACAAACGAGGUGUUUUUGUCUAUCUGUUGCUUGAUCAAAGCAACAUAAAGCUCUUCAGUGAGAUGUGCGACAAGGUGCAGAUUGCAGAGGAUCACUUCAAGAAUAUUUCAGUCCGAAGUGUUACUGGAGAGGUUUACUGUGCCAAGUCAGGCAGGAAAUUCUCAGGGCAAAUCCAGGAAAAAUUCAUCAUCUCUGAUUGGAGAUAUGUUCUCUCUGGAUCAUACAGCUUCACAUGGCUGUGUGGCCAGGUUCACCGGAACUUCCUUUCCAAGUUCACUGGCCAAGUUGUAGAGCUCUUUGAUGAAGAGUUUCGACACCUCUAUGCUUUGUCCAAGCCAGUGAUGGGACUGAGAUCUCCCACACACACAGUGCCCUUCUUGCUAAACACAACUACCACCCAAGGCAGCCUCACUAGCAGCAGUAGCCAGGGAAGUGCCAAUACUCCUUCAGAUCCAUUCAGUAGCUUGUCAGCCAAUAGCACAUAUCAAACCAAACAGCCCCCCAGUACUCACAUGUACAGCAGCAACCCAACAUCACAGUCACCACUUCAUAGAGGUAACUCCUUCCAUGGCUACACCUCAUUCAUGUCAACCCAACCAUGGAAGACCAUCCAGACCCACUACUAUCAAUGGCAGCAUGUUGCUGAUGCCCCCACACUCCUUUAUAAUAAUGUUAACAUCUACAAACCUAUGCAACUUAGACAAGAUGAUGUAAACAGGUCCAGAUUAAACCCAUUGUGGAGAUGCCUUCACAAAGCUGACAAGAUUAUGUAA